AUGCAGAACCUCGAUACUUUAUCUAACAGAUCAAGGGCAACCCUUGCAUCCCUUCAAGCAUUUGGCUUUCAGACCACUCAGCCUGCGAUACGCAGCGAGCCAUCUAAUCCAGACCCUAUCGAUGCCUCUGUCGCAGAGAGCUGGACUAUUCGGCCGGAACUUGUUUCGCUCUUCCAAGACUCCAUUCGAACAGAUCUAGACGCACAGCACCUGUCAUAUAGCGAUAGCCACCUCGGAGACUCAAAGGUCAUCCACGCAUUGUCCAGCUUUUUCAAUGGGUACUUCAGCCCUUUUCGACCGGUCGAGGAUGGGCAAAUCGCACUUGCCCCGGGUUCAUCACGCUGCCUGGAUGGUCUAAUGCACCACCUCUGUGACCCCGGUGAUGGAGUCCUCGUGCCGGCUCCAUUUUGGAAUGGCUUCGACUUCCAUCUUAGCAUCCAUGCGCAGGUCCACCCUGUUGUCGCACCUAUCCACGACCUCUACAACGCCUCGAACGCAGACGCACUAAUGGCAUCUCUAACGGAGACAUUCGAUGCUACCCCACGUCGCAUCCGUGCUCUACUACUCACCAAUCCAGGCAAUCCACUGGGCCAAUGUUACACCGCGGAGACCUUCAUCCGCUGUGCAAGAUUCUGCCAGGACCGCGAUAUCCACCUCAUCUGCGACGAAGUCUACGCGCUCUCCUAUUUCGGAGGAAACGGGCCCGGUUCGACUCCAUUCCGGUCCAUUCUUAGCCUUGAUCUUCAAGGGUUGCGGUGUGAUGCCUCGCGCGUGCACGUCGUUUGGAGUGGCUGCGUCGUCUCGCAGGAGAAUCCGGAGCUCAUCCUCGCCCUGCGCUUACCGACGAGCACUGAGGUAUCUUCACUUUCGGCGCUGUGCACAACUACCCUCCUGACGUGUGAUAAACUGCCCCACCUUAUCCAAAUAAAUAAAGAGAGGUUACUGCGGUCUUAUAAUGCCGUUGUCGGCAUCCUCAAGGCAAAAGGCGUCGAGUACAUACCAGCUACAGCGGGACUAUGUGUGUUUGCUCGGUUGGCGCAAAAUGCAAGAACAUUGGACGACGAAGUGUGUUUCCAGAAACUACUACGGCAAAAGGGACUCAUUAACUACAAAAUGGAAGCUACCCUCAACCACCUAGGAGCAUCUCUCCAAGAGGCAGUAACGCAGCUCAAAGGCCGACUGAGCACGGAACGCCUAGCUGCCCUCCACGACCACAGCGAAGGAAAAAUAGCAGAUGCACAUUUGGGAGAAGUGGCAGCUCGCACAAUCGACCUGUUGCAUCAGGCUGAACAGCUGCUUGAGCCGUCAUCUUUGGUACUCGCAGAUCAUUUUCUCGGAUACCUCCAUACAAAAUGUCUCUGCGCGGCCGUCGAGUUCUGCAUUCCUGAUCAUCUCGUCGGAGGACCGCGGUCUGCCACACAACUCGCUGAGUUGUCUGGAGCUAGAGAAGACAGACUACGACAGGUUCUUCGACUGCUCUAUAACAAUGGCAUCUUUGAAUACGAAGCAAACAGCGAGACAUACAGGAACAAUCCGACCUCCGACAUGCUGAGAAGCGACCAUUGGACCCAAUGGCACAACUGGGUUAACCUAUACGGAAACGAAUUCUACGACAUGGCGCGUGGAAUCCCGGCGUCUCUAAGACAGGGUACGACGCGAACGCCAGCGCAAAUCAACUUCAACACCGACGAGAAUAUGUUUGAUUACUUUACGGCCCGUGGGUGGCUGCCACGCUUGCACCGGACAUUGGGUGGCGGGGCUACAGCGCAGGCACCUGGGAUCCUGGCCGACUAUCCCUGGGAGGAGUUCGGAGACAAGACGUUUCUGGAUAUUGGUGGUGGGGAAGGGGCUCUGAUUGCUCUUAUUCUGCGAAGAUAUCCCUUAAUUAAAGCCGCGUUGCUGGAUACGCCGAAGGUGAUUGAGCAUGCGCGGUCACUGUUCCUGUCUGCCGAUGGCAAGUAUGCGGAUGUCGGGGAUCGCGUACAGGAAACAGGGCUGAUAGCGGGCGACUUCCUUGAAAGCAUUCCUAGUUUUGAACUUUACACUAUGAAGUGGUGUCUGCAUGAUUGGAACGAUGAGAAGACAGCGAAGGUGCUUGGGAACAUUCGUAAGAGUAUCCGGAUGACGCCCGAGAGCCGGUUGGUGGUGAUAGAGUCGAUCCUGGCCGAUGGCCGGAGUAGUCGGCUGUCUCGCUAUGCAGACCUGACUAUGAUGGUCAGCGCUGAUGGACAGGAGCGCACAGAAUCCGAGUGGCGCGCGCUUGCUGACCGGACCGGGUGGGAGAUUCGGACGAUUCGGACCCUGCGAGGGGCCUGGCCGUGUGCUAUUGAGAUGAGGCCAGUACUCAUGCCCAUCAUGGACCCCAAAUCGCACCAAGUCUCUGUCCCCGUCAUUAAGGGCGACGUGGGCUACGACGGGCGAGUAAUCCUCUACGUUAUCAAAGCCGAUGAGACAUCCUACAUAAACUACAUCAAACCGCUGAUCCUGGCGCGAGAACUGAAGAUCCCGCAUCUCCUCUCGGUAAUCGAUACGAAAGACGAAUGGUUCUACCGUAUCCACCCGGAGCGCAUGGUUCCCUCACUCAAGGACCUGGAUCCAGAGACAAACAGAGAAGUGAAUGUGUUUGAGAGCACGGCUUGUCUCCAGUACCUUGCGGACCGAUUCGACCACAUCGGGACGUGGGCCGGACGGAAUGCAGCAGAAAAGGGAGCAGUGCUUUCAUGGACGGCCUAUCAGACUGCUUCACUAGGACCGACUGCGAAAUACUGGCUAUAUUUCCUCCGGGGAUAUCCAACGCGCCACAAGCCCGUCCAGCUGCCCCGGACAAUAGAAAAACUGCAUUCGAAUUGUCUUCGGCAAUGGGAUAUCCUGGAGAAAAGGCUUUCCCUUGAAGGACAGGACUACAUCGCCCUUCCGGACCGCCCUACGCUCGCUGACCUGUCAUACUUCCCCUUUGCGAUGCCGUGGAUGUUCCAGUUUCUGGGUGUGGAUAUCAAAGACUGGCCCAGUAUUGAUCGUUGGAGCCAAUCGAUGCUGAACCGGCCAGCCGUGAAGGCCGUUAUGGAGAUGGGACCGAAGAUCGGACAUUGA